AUGGGUGGCUCAGCGAAGGAUGUGCAAUCCAAGAAGGAGCUUGAUAGCGUGGUUCACAGUGGUGCACCCGUUGUUCUGCAGUUCUGGGCCUCGAGUUGUGAGGCUUCGAAGCACAUGGACGAGGUCUUUGCCCACCUCUCUACUGAUUUCCCUCAUGCCCAUUUCUUAAGGGUUGAAGCAGAAGAACAGCCUGAGAUAUUCGGGGCUUAUUCGGUUCGUGAUGUGCCCUACUUUGCCUUUGUGAAGGAUGGAAAGGUCGCUGAUACAUUAGAAGGUGCAGAUCCAUCUAUUUUGGCCCAUAAAGUUGCUAGGGUUGCUGGGUCAGUUAAGCCUGGAGAACCUGAUGCUCCUGCUCCUGCCAGUCUUGAGACAGUCCACGAGUUAGCAAAAGAAAAUGGAUCUUCCCAGAAGCAAGAGCAAAUUCAAGCACAAAAUGGCCUUGAUGAUGCCUUGAAAAGGCGGUUGCAACAGCUGAUUGACUCUAAUCCACUCAUGCUUUUCAUGAAAGGAAGCCCUGAGGAGCCCAAAUGUAACGUUAGCCGAUUGGCCAUUGACAUUUUGAAGCAAACGAAGGUCAAAUUUGGAAGUUUCGAUGUUCUUACGGACAAUGAAGUCAUGGAGGGGAUAAAGAGGUAUUCUAACUGGCCAAUAAUACCGCAGAUUUACUACAAAGGGAAGCCCCGUGGUUGGUCUGAGACAGAAAUUUUAAUGCGUCGAAGUGGUGAAUUAGAGGAAGUACCCAGAGACCAUGGAAUUGAUACUGCUGAUUCUACUGGGGCGAAGGUAAUUGAAUUAGAGGAAGUUUCCAAAGAACAUGGAAUGGAUACUACUGAUUAUGCUGGGGCAAAGGUAACUGAAGCUGGAAGUGGAAAGAGUGGAAUCUCAGCAUCUACUGGAUCUUCUCACCAGCAGAUGCAAGUUCAAGUGCAAAAUUUUGGUCAAAAAAGAAUUCAAGUGCAAAAUGGCCUUGAUGAUGCCUUGGAAAGGCGGUUGCAGCAACUGAUUGACUCUAAUCCAAUCAUGCUUUUCAUGAAAGGAACCCCUGAGGAGCCCAAAUGUAAAUUGAGCAAAUUGGCCAUUGACAUGUUGAAGGAAAAGAAGAUCAAAUUUGCAAGUUUCGAUGUUCUUACAGACAAUGAAGUCAUGGAGGGGAUACAAAAGUAUUCCAACUGGCCAACAUUACCGCAGCUUUACAUAGAAGGGAAGGCUCGUGGUUUGCGUCACAUACGAACUUUAGAGUGUGGUUUUCGUGAAUAA